AGACGGGUACGAGAACGCGGCUAUGAAGAGUCUGUGAGCAGUUUUUAACAGACGUUGAAUUUCACAUGCCGCUGUCAGUUUACCUAAGCCAGUUGUGCCAUUCCCCCCGGAGCUGGUUCACUUACUUUCCGAGCCCGAAGAGGACCGUUGGCAGCGGGAGUGGACGUUGACGCCGCGUGAAUGUCCAGCACAGACCACUGACAGCCACCAUGUCAGGUCAAACACUACAGGGUCUAGACGAGGGGGAUAUUCUUGACCCAGAGUUCCAGCAGCGGUUGGAAGAUGCUCGUACUGUGCUCAGGCAGGAGAUCCAGCGGGAGCUGAAGAUCAAGGAAGCAGCUGAAAGGCUGCGACGGGCCGUCACCAAUCGCAAGAGUGCCGCCGACGUGGAGGGCCAGCUCAAGGCCUCGAGCCGCAAGCUGGACAAGUUGCACUGGGAGCUGCAGGAGCUCAAUGCCAGGUCUAUGGCCACAGAGAAAGACAGUACCACAGGCUGCUUGGAAGAAGAAGACAACCAGUCAGCAGAGCCGUGUCAGUGGGAAGAGGUCACAUCACCAAUGGCCAGUCGAGUCAGAACCCUGAAGAAACAGCUCACCAUGGAGACCAAAGUCAAACAGGGUGCUGAGAACAUGAUCCAGACUUAUGCUAACGGCUCGGUUAAGGACAGGAAGAUGCUGUCGACAGCCCAGCAGAUGCUGCAGGACAGCCGCACAAAGAUCGAGCUGCUGCGCAUGCAGAUUAUCAAAGUCAGUCAAGCCGAGGAACGGGAUGGCACCCAUGGUAACACUGUGGGGAUGAUCAGUCAGCUGGAGCUGCGGGUGGCCGAACUCGUGCACCACAUGAAGAUUGAGUCGGCCGUAGCGGAAGGUGCUAAAAAUGUGGUGAAGCAGCUGAGUGGGCGGAAGAUCCAGGACCGCCGCAUACUGGCAGAGGCUCAGGCACGAAUGCAGGAGUCGUCUCAGAAGGUGGAUUUGUUACGUCUCUCCCUGGAGAGACGUUUGAGUGAGUUGCCUCAGGACCAUCCCAAGUAUGCUGCUAUUAAAGAGGAACUAGUCCUGGGAACCUCCCCUUCCUAUGGCACACCAAAGAAGCAGUCCAAUACUCCGUCCUCUUCUUCCUGCUUCUUGAAACCAGCCAGUCUAACAGGUCGGUUAGAGGUAUGCUUGAUGGGCUGCCAAGACCUGUUGGAGUCCGUUCCGGGCCGUAGUCGUGUGACCAGUGUCUCGCCAGUCCCUGGAAGCUUCUCAGAUGGAAAGUCUCUGAAGGUGAGAGCCGGCCUAUCAGGGCGCAGUGCCAAUGGCAAGACGACCAAGGCUGACGACCUGUCCUCGGAGAUAAGCGCUGUGCUGAAGGUGGACAACAGGAUAGUGGGACGCACACACUGGAGACAGCUGGGUAAAGAGGCCUGGGGCCAGAGCUUCAGCAUCGAACUGGAAAGGUCCAGGGAGCUGGAAAUUGCUGUGUACUGGAGAGACUGGCGGGCGUUAAGUGGGGUGAAGUUCCUGCGGCUGGAGGACUUCCUGGAUAACCAACGCCACGGCAUGUGUCUCCAGCUGGAGCCUCAGGGCAUCCUCUUCAUCGAGGUCACGUUUAUCAACCCUGUCAUUGAGCGGCCUUCCAAACUCCAGAGGCAAAGGAGAAUAUUCCCUAAAGAAAAAGGAAAGGAUUUCCUGCGCGCCGCCCAGAUGAACAUGAACUUUGCCACUUGGGGCCGUUUGAUGAUGAGCAUCCUGCCUCCCUGCAGCAACUUGGAGCCCAUGAGCCCUCCAUUAGCGGGCCCUAACGCUGGCCCCACGUCCACUUCCACCACUUCUCCAUCACACGAACCUGCUUCAGUGAGUCUAAACUUUUCUGAAGAACAAAUUGGCAGAUCUCCACAUCGCACAAGAAAGAACACUAAGGACUCCUUAGUGUUUCCCGGUGAAAACAAGAGCCCAAAGCCCAAGGAGCAACCUUGGAUCUCUACAGCUUCACACAGGGAUAAAGGGCUUCAGAUGGAAGACUUCAACUGUAUAUCAGUCCUGGGGAGAGGUCACUUUGGAAAGGUGCUGCUAGCAGAGUAUAAGAAGUCCGGCAAACUCUACGCCAUCAAAGCCCUGAAGAAAGGAGACAUUGUGACACGCGACGAAGUCGACAGCCUGAUGUGUGAAAAGAGGAUCUUUGAAGUGAUCAACGCCUUUCGGCAUCCUUUCCUGGUCAACCUGUAUGGCUGCUUCCAGACCGCAGACCACGUGUGCUUCGUGAUGGCCUACUCGCCGGGAGGCGACCUCAUGACGCACAUCCACACCAGCAUCUUCACAGAGAAACAGACCCGGUUUUACUCGUCGUGCGUCCUGCUUGGUCUGGAGUUUCUCCACCAAAACCAUAUAGUUUACAGGGACCUGAAGCUGGAUAACUUGCUCAUGGAUGCGGAUGGGUUCGUCAGGAUUGCAGACUUUGGCUUGUGCAAAGAAGGUAUGGGCCACGGUGAUCGCACCUCGACGUUCUGUGGCACACCUGAGUUUCUGGCUCCAGAGGUCCUGACAGACAACAACUACACUCGCAGUGUGGACUGGUGGGGGCUGGGGGUCCUCAUCUAUGAGAUGCUGGUGGGGGAGUCGCCCUUCCCAGGGGAUGAUGAGGAAGAGGUGUUUGACAGCAUCGUCAACGAUGAAGUGCGCUACCCUCGCUUCCUUUCCCCGGAGUCCGCGUCCCUCAUUCAGAAGCUGCUGCAGAAAAAUCCUGAGACCAGACUCGGAGCAGGAGAGGAGGACGCCUUGGAGAUCAAGAGACACCGAUUCUUCCAGGGGAUGGACUGGGACGCUCUCCUGGCCAAGAAGGUGAAGCCGCCGUUCCUGCCGGCCAUCAGGGCACCGCGGGACGUCAGCAACUUCGACGAGGAGUUCACCCGCCUCAAGCCUGUCCUCACCCUCCCACGGACCCCCUGCGUCCUCACGGCCGAGCAGCAAGAGAUCUUUGCUGACUUUGACUUUUCUUUCGUGAGCUGACCACACCCCCCCCUCCUCCUCCUCUUCCUCCCUCCUCUGUGCUGCCGCACCGUCGUCAAAUGCAGCUAAGUGUUUGUACUUUUAUUUGACAUGAAAGUGCUACAGUUGUGCCUUUGUUCACGUCCACACACUUACCACAUGUUCAGGACCACGUCAUCGCCUUCGUGGCUCGUUUACAGCGCACUACAAAGCCCUUGAGACACUCAGUUCUUCCGGCCUGUCGCACUUCACCGCCACAUCUCGACAUCUCACAGGCUCCGGUCUGAUCUGAUGAUGCAGCGUUUACUUUUUAACGCUGAGUGUUUAACGUUUCGCCUGGGUGUAUUUUAUAUGAAUGGAUAGUUGGAAGUUCUACUUUGUAAAUAUUCGUGAUCUCAGUGAGGUAAAUUGAAUGUACCUUUUUCUACUUACUAUAACCAUUUUACAUUCAUCUGUUAACUGACCUCUUACACGUUGUUGGGAUGUAAUACACUGGGAAUUGUUAAUUUAAGCUCUUUGAGGGAUAUUUCUCAGCCAAUAUUUGGAUUUUUUAAAACAUGACUCUCAUGAAGAUCAUGCUUGUAUAGAACAAACCAGCGUGUAUUUAAAGUGUCAACUACAUGAAGGAAACAUGAAUGAAUAAAUUUCAAUCUGCUGGACAAUGAAGGACCGGGAAACUCUUCAUGAAACAUUUAUUUAUUGAUGUACACA